AUGUCGACGGAAAAGAUCGCAAGAAUGAAGCGCCCCAGUGAGGCUGCCCAAGAUCCCAUCUUCGCCAUUGUCGAAGUAGGCGACACCAAGACCAAAUACCACAUCCAUCGCUCGCUACUCAUCGAACACUCCGAUUACUUCAAGAAGGCGUUGAAUGGUCCUUGGAAAGAGGCACAGGAAGGUGUCGUUAAAUUGGAAGACGUUGAGUGCAGCACGUUCAGCGUCUUUAUCGACUGGGUGUAUACACAGAGGCUUCCAAAGAAGAACGCAGCAUGGUGCGAUAAGAACGAAGCAAUAGAGACAGGCAAGGCACAACUUGCACAAGUCAAAGCACUCGUUUUCGGUGAUCGCAUUCUCUCCCCGAUGUUCUACAAAGCGGUUCGCGAUAGCUUGAUCGAACACAUUAUCUCGAAUGGUGCUUUCUACCGAGCUGUGAUUCAUGGGUUUGCUCAUCUUGCUAAGGAUCACGCAAUUCUUGAUCUGUUCGUGGAGGUGCAAUGCCGGAGGUUUCAUGAUUCAUACGACACGGUUGAAAACGGCGAACUCGAGCUUCAAGCCAGUCUGCCACCCGAUUUCCUCAUGCGCAUGGUCGUUCGUUACAGUAAAAUCGCUGAGCCAGUGUUACCGGAGGGCGAAGUUGAGCCAUGCGACUAUCACGGUCAUGCGGAUGAAAACGAGAAGAAGCAGUGCCAGGCGGAGGUGGAUAAGGAUUGA